ACACAUGUGGGAGCAUCUUUACAAACUUCUGCACAAGUUUAAAGAACAUUUCCUUUCGUUUGGAUCAUUAGUAUUAGUAUUAAACCACACAGUUCCGAACCGUAAACACACGUGAGGACUAAAAAAUUGAUAGUCUACGUGAAGAAAUCCUGCGGCUUUUACAAAGACUCCGGAUUUAGAAGGAUGAAUUUAUCAUGUCUAUACACACUUUGUCUUUUGCUGUCGGUCUUACCAAUGAAUGGCUGUAAUGAUGCGGUACAGGGUUGUAUGGAUAAGCACAGAGCGAUGGGGAUAUUGCGUCAAAUGGAGAAGUUUCUGAAAGGACAGGAGAUCCGAUUCACAGAAGGGCUUCGGAUUAUGAAGUCCAAACUCACCAAUCUUCAAAACUCUGUGUCCAAGUUCCCACAAGCAGACCAGUCCUCGUCCCAGCUCUCGUGUCCAUGUCUGGUGGCUCCAGCCCAUGGAAGGAAGUUUGGCUCCAAGUGCCUGGUGGGACAUGAGGUCCAUUUCACAUGUUCUCAGGGUUAUCGUUUGGUAGGGCCAGUGACACGCGUGUGUCAAGAAAAUGGCACCUGGAGUGGAGCUACUGUCGUCUGUAAAGAUGUGAGCGUGUGUUCCAGUAACCCAUGUCAGAACGGCGGCACGUGUGUGCAGAGUCUUAACCAGUACAAGUGCACCUGUCCACACAACUGGAGCGGGAGCCACUGUCAAUACCAGACGCAGACAGCACCUCCGGAAUGGAGCGUCAUGAAUGAUCCAGCCUUUAGCCGUAAACCUCGCUGUGCAAAAGUGGACCGGGCCCAACACUGUAGCUGUGACGCUGGAUUCCACAUGAGCGGAACCUCAGACAACAGCAUCUGCCAGGAUGUGAAUGAAUGUGAGGUGUAUAAGGCUGAUCGUGGAGGGCCUCUGUGCAGCCACGCCUGCAUAAACGUGCCGGGAUCAUACCACUGUUCCUGCCCCACCGGAUAUAAACUACUCGCAGAUGGUAGAAGCUGUGAGGAUGUGGAUGAGUGUCUUACACAACAGCACAACUGCAGUCGUGGCAUUACCUGUAUCAACACCGGAGGAGGUUUCCAGUGUGUGAACCCAGAGUGUCCGCACUCGCACGGCAACGUCAGCUACGUGAAGACCUCACCUUUCCAAUGUGAAAGGAAUCCCUGUCCAAUGGAGAGCCGUGCCUGUCCAUCUGCCGCAAAGACCAUUUCUUACCACUACCUAUCUCUGCCCUCGAACCUGCGCACACCAGCAACCCUGUUCCGAAUGGCCACCGCAGCAGCUCCAGGUCGGCCGGGCCCGGACAGCCUCCGAUUUGGCAUCGCCGGAGGAGGGGACGCCCGGAGCAUGUUUGUGUUGCAGCGUUCAGACCGUCAAACUGGAGAGCUGAUCCUGGUUCAACCGCUGCGAGGCCCACAAGAGCUCAGCGUGGAAGUAGAGAUGGCCGAGUACGCUGACCGCAUCUUUCAAGCCAAACAUCUGGCGCGAGUCCACAUUCUGGUUUCACCGUACGAGUUCUAAGGAGGGCGAGUAAAGUGUCUAAAUUGAGUGUCGAUGUUUAGACUUGCUGAAGGAAUAGGCGAAGAUAAUGUUCUCCUUAUUGCUAAGGCUCAAUGAAAGAGUUGCUCUUAGAGGCAGCUCAGAUUUUGACGCUGGAGUGCCACAAAAAUGAAAGAUAUGGAAUGUACAGUGGAAAGUUGUGCUUGUAUGGUAGAGAAAUUACAGUAACAAAAGUUAAUAACUCUAAAUUACUCAUAUAAAAAUGCUUUCGCUUUAACUACCGGUACGUGUUUGGCUAAAAGGGAAGUGUGUAAUUGUUUAGAUGUUUAAAUACUUUCUCUUUUCGCAGUUUAAUGUGCAAAGACUUAUUUAGAUUAAAUAAAUAAUGGCAUAUUUAAGUAAGCCAUUUGUAGGUACACUUCCUGAAGAGUGUAAACACAGUGCUGCUUUAAAAACAUUGCUCUGUUUGCUCCGACAUGUCAACUUCUGGUUCAACCAGUGGCGUAAGUUUUGGGUGGGACUACCUAUUUGUACAUACAAUGGAAGUGAGGGGGCGGGGCAGAAGAAGUGGUAGGAGUGUUUUGGAAACCUGUCUGGAAACAAUUAUUACUUUUGCAAUCCCGUUUGGUGCUGCUAAUGGCACACACACCUUUAAAGUACCAACCCAAAAGGCAACCUACCAAUGCGCGGCUGAUUCAUAAAUUACAGUGUAUGCCAAUAUGAAGCAUAUGCAGGGUUGUUUUAAAAAAAUGCAAACUGGUCUCAUUACAUCACGUUACUACACCUACAAUUUUAAGCAAAGUUUCUUUAUGUGGCUUGUACGUAUUGCGGCAGUUUUCUUAGAGGUGCUAAAACAAUUACUAUUAUUCACUUUCACACAAAUCAUGAGUAAAACAGCAGAUUAUCACUUCAUAAACUCUUACUUUUUCACCCUGUUCCUCACACAAUGCUAUCUUAUGACAUUUAAACACUUUUACUAGAGUGCAUGACUUAUAAAGUGAAACAUUUUAACAUUUGCAUUACAUAACCAACUGCAUUUGCAAGCUUUUUCAGGCACAGUUAAAUUACACGGUAGCUCAACUGAUAGAGCAUUGCACUUGCAAUGCAAAGGACUGGGGUAUGAGUCUUGAAGAGCACAUGAGUCAAUAUAAGAGCUGAAUGUGUUAUAGAAGCACCAGAAAAUGACGUGGUUGCUUUAGCAAUUGUGUUUUUCAUGUCACAUUUGCUUUUUAUGACAUUAUCGGUUAGGUUUAAGGUUUAGGGUUGUGCGGUGGGUUUUGUUGAUUUAAUCUCAAUAAAGCAUUAACCUCAAAAACCUCAUCUGUUGGGGAGAACAUUACUGGCUUUUAUUGUCACACAGUGGACAUUUCACCUCAGAACUGCCGUGUGUAAUGAACCACGUAUGUCAUUUUGCAAAUCAGGCUGAAAAAACAAAUGUGCUCGGCCAAUAUAGGUUGAUGUAGGUCGAGUGAAACAGUGCAGCAAAGUGUAUAAUGCUGAUGUCAAUAAACAGCAAAAAAAGUAAGUGCAAAUCUUAGGGGGGAAAAUCAAACAAACAAGAGAGCUUUAUGACUGGUUGAUAAAUGAACAUGUGGUAGAUUGUUAAAAUUGGUAAUGCCUAAAGAUGCUGAUUCUGAGAUAUUGCUUGUAUUACCUUUGCGGAAAACGUUCAUUACAGCUUGUAUAAAUGUGCAUUACUGUCAAUCAGUGAGCUCAUAUAUACCAAUAUAAACAACAGCACUUCAGCAUCUACCUACAUUGAAAAGCUGCCUAUUUUUAUUGUUCUUUAUGUAUGUUGGAUGUUUUUACUAAGAACAACAAUGCAUGAACAUUUCUUUUUGUAAUAAAUUCCGCAUUUAAAAAUUAAAUGUUAAUUGCUGUUAAUGCUUGCAUUGUCAUGUGUAUAUCAGGUUUGAUAUCUAAUAAUAAACAGAAUGGCUAUUUUACAAAUUAUUUGUCUUAAAGGACAGCAUUUGUGGCAUAAUGUUGAUUACCACAAAAAUUAAUUUUGACUCGUCCCUCCUUUUCUUUAAAAGCUUCACAUGUCUGCCUUUAAACUCUCCAGAAAUUGGCCCCAUUCACUUCCAUUGCAAGUGCCUCGAUUUUGAGGCAUAAGACAUUUGUCAUUAAUAUACCUCCAUAUGAUGUUAUCGUAAUGUUAUGUUUUGGGCACUUGUAUUUCUUCAGUAGAAUAACAGACAUCUCACAUUUUAUAUGUGUAUUGAAGAAGCCAAAAACUUUUAUGGUGAAUUCAGGAAUUAGUUGUUCUUCUCAAACUCAAUGCCGAAGUUCCCAUGAUCACAUCUGACGGGUACCAUAACCUUAGAAAUUAGAAGAAUGCCAGAAACAAUAACUAUCAGGAAAUUAGAGUAUUCCUCAAUGGGCUUUUCAAAUAUGUAUUUGCUAGAAAGAAAAAAGCAAAGUAAUGUUGACCACAUGUGUGUGCUUCCCCUCGUCUUUUCUCUCUCUGUGGCUGUAAUGUCCAAUAGACAGAUCAAAAGAACCACAAGCUUCCAGAAACACAUGUUCUGGACAGUCGGGUCCAGUCUUAGAACGACAAUGCACUUCAACUGUGAAAGAGUUUAAUUAUUGUGUAACAUUUUUAUUCUCUGUUCACUGGCCAGAUUAAAGGCUACAAAAGGUUUUGUACAAGUGCAGUGGUGUUUGUCAAGAGACGCUUUAAAGGAACUGUUCACCCCUAAAUGGAAAUUCUGUCAUCAUUUACUCACCCUCGUGUUGUUCCAAACUCUUCUCCAUACAAUGAGAGCAAACAGGUGCCAGGACCUGUCAAGCUCCUAAAAGGAUAAAAAUACCACUGACCCACUGACCUCUGAAAAUUAGCGUAUAAUUUGCAGACUGACAGCAUGUCAUGAAGGUUCAGAUGUGAGAAAACAGCAUGAUAAACUCAAAACAGGUGAGGUGACAGUUUACAUGAGGACUUAAUGUGGUGUCUAGAGAGUUUGGGUUUGUGUUUUGAUGUAAAUGAGUCAGUAUGUUGGAUUGGACUUUGCAAUUAGACCAAAUACAGAAUAUAAAAAUGUAAAUAUGUCAUGCAUCAAUAAAACCACAUGUGUUUUCCUUUGGAAAAGCAGAUUGGU